ACUGAGCUUCGUAACUCUGGCAGCCUUGCGUACCAAGGUACCUAUUUCGUACUUCAAACACCACCGAAAUCCACGGCUGGUCUUGAGCUUCAAAACUUAUCUCACAACUCACAUCUCGAGCUACCGUCUUCUAAAUACUACGAUCUUUUUUAUUCCAGCAAUUUCUAAACAUGGCGUCAGGAUACGAUAGAGCUCUUUCCGUCUUCAGUCCGGAUGGACAUGUGUUCCAAGUCGAAUAUGCUGGCGAAGCUGUCAAACGAGGAACCUGCGCCGUCGGCGUGAAAGGUGCAGAUAUUGUCGUUCUCGGCUGCGAGAAGAGGUCGGCAAUGAAGCUACAAGACACCCGCAUUACCCCAUCGAAGAUCGGCCUCAUCGACACCCACGUAUGCCUAGCAUUCGCCGGUCUAAAUGCCGACGCCCGAAUCCUAGUAGACAAGGCACGGCUGGAGGCGCAAUCGCACCGCCUAACUGUCGAAGAUCCCGUUUCCAUCGAGUAUAUCACGAAAUAUGUUGCAGGCGUGCAACAACGAUACACGCAGAGCGGUGGUGUCCGACCAUUUGGUAUCAGUACCAUGAUCGUCGGCUUUGACAAGAACAGCAAGCUACCCAGACUCUACCAGACCGAGCCGAGCGGUAUCUACUCCGCAUGGAAAGCAAAUGCCAUCGGCCGUUCCAGCAAGACCGUCCGCGAAUUCCUAGAACGCAAUUAUAAGGAGGAUAUGGACCGCGAGGCAACUAUCCGGCUAGCCAUUAAGUCACUCCUAGAAGUUGUGCAAACGGGUGCAAAGAACAUCGAGAUCGCUAUCAUGGCUCCUGGUAAGACCAUUGAGAUGCUACCGGUCGAAGAUAUUGAAGGCUACGUCAAGAAUAUCGAGCAAGAGAAGCAAGAGGAGGCCGCUAAGAAGAAGACCGGCCGAACACCGGGAACGGGUAGCGCGGCGAUCCUAACGAGAGAGCGGGAAGGUGGCAGCGAUUAAAGGCGAGCCAAGCCGUAGCCAUAGCUGUAGCCGGAGUUUAUAGGCCUCCUCUAGAAGGGUGAUUGAUUCAUAGAGGAUAUCAUUACGACGCCUACCUGGUAGGUAUCUAGGUAGCAAAUCUGUAUACUACCCACCCGGAAACAUGCACGGUUCUUGAUUUCUUGCCAUUCGUCUCUUUGGUUCU